AAUGCUAAUCUCAAGAUGUAGAAAAAUUAGUAAAAAGAAGUUCCAUUUCCCAAAAAUUCAAACGUCUCUUUCUUCUUUCUCACCAAUCAAUCUCCUUUUCAUCAACAUGCACCACCUUUUACUCAAUUCUCUUCUCUCUCUUUAUCUCUGACUCUCUCUUAUCUCCACUGUUCCCAAGCCCAUACGGGCAAAAGAACCUGCUCCCAAAGUUGGCUCUCUGCAACAGAACAGAACACUUAUUAGUAAAACACUAAUGAAUCCACUCACAGAUUCUUCACAGUUUCCAACUCUCCUCAAACACCAUCUUAAACUUGACUUCUCCUCUACUUCUCAUCUCCACACUUGCCCUUUUAAACUCUUCCUCUCAAGCCCACAUCACACACAUUCUCUUCAUCUCAACGUAACAUAUAAUGGAAGAUCAUCACCAUCAAGUAGAUGAAGAGAUCAAGCCAACCCAUGAAGCCAACAAGACAGACGAAGACACAUCUUCAUCAAGAGUAUUCCCAUGCCUCUUUUGUUCAAGAAAGUUCCAUAGCUCCCAAGCCCUAGGAGGUCACCAAAACGCCCACAAGAAGGAGAGAAACGCUGCUAGAAGAGCCAAAAGGGCUUACGAUUUCGUCAACAACAAUGACUUGCUUCACACGUUACCUGUUUUAUUAUCCUCUCCCUCUCGUCAUCACUUGACCAUCUUAGGCUACCCUACUUCCGCCUCCCUUUCCUGUUUCCCACCGGUUCAUCCCGACCAUCCGAUCUUCAGAUCCGGUGGUUCUCAUGUCAUGUUGGCCACAUCUCACCAAGGUAGAGAUUGUAAAGGAGAGUAUUUUGGUCAACGAAGUGUUGACAUUUCGGAUCAUCACUAUAAUAACGUGGUGAAUAGUGAGAAGAGUCAAGAUCAGUGUCUUGAUCUCUCCCUCCAUUUGUGAUCUUGAGGUUAAUCACCUUUUAGUUAUGGCCUUGCAACAUUUUUACCACAAAAUAUUCUGUGACCAUCCGUAU